UGAAGUGUAUCAGGACUUGCGCACGAUAUUUUCGUGCGCAUUACCUAUCAAAUGUUUAAUUGAAAGGCGUGUAGAUUCGCCACUCGAGGGCUUCGCAUUGUACUGUAAAGACCUUAUUGCAUUGUACAUGUAUCUAUAUGGAUUCGUCACAGCAACCACGUGUUGAUAAUUCUGCGGAUUUUAGAUUGUUUUUGAAAGAGGAGUUUAAUGCUUUUAAAGAGCAAAUCAAGGAUGAAAUUUCUAGCUGUUCAGAGAAAAACGUUCUUAAAUUAAAAGAAGGUGUGAAUAAACGUUCAUCUGUGGACUUUAAAUAUCAAGGUAAUAAGCGCCAGUUUGACUUUAAUUCAGAAAUUUUAGAGGACAUUGAGUGUGUGCAGGCUUUGGUGAAGUCAGGUGAACAGUUGGAUUCGCUCCAGCGGCUUGAAUCUACAGCAAAGAAAUUGCGUAAGAGAAACAAACUUGUUAGGCUAGCGGACAAGUCUCCCGCUGGCUGGGGUACCGUAGCGGAAUACGAAUCCGACGAAUUGGCAAGCGAUAGUGACGAUGACCGCAAAAUUCGAAGAGCCGAAGCAAGGGCAUUAUCUAAGAAGAGAAAGCUGUCUACUGGUCGAGCUUCUGUGGCGCCUACUGCUACCACUACUUCUAGCAGCAGUCAGUUUCACACUUUUCGUCCCUUUCGGAGGGUCCAAUGUUACGCUUGUUCCGGUUUCGGGCACAUCAGGGCAGAGUGCCCCAGGCUUCAGCAAUUUUCAUCGUUCCCAGGACAGAGAUAUCACCCCGUUCCCGUCGGCAGAACGUACCCGGGUAUUAUCUCAUACCAGUACCCAACAGGAAACAAGGGCGACAACCGAGGUGCAACCGUCAAGCAGCAGCCAGCCGAAACAAACUGAUAACAGACAAUAUAAUGACAUAGAUGAGUAUUUUUAUGCUAGUAAUGCUUGUAAUUUUUCACUCAAUGAUUUCGAAGCUGAUGUACUUUUUUCGCAUUCAAGAUAUUUUGAAUUUCAGAAUGAUGUAUCUUUAGAUGGUUCUUCCGAUAACAAACCCGGAGUCAAAGGUAGAUUACGUUUACAUGCUGAUUACUGGAGCAAUAUUUUAGAGGCUCCUGAUUUUAUUAUUGACGUAGUAAAAAACGGUUAUGUCAUACCUUUUUAUGAGAUUCCAAUUUCUUAUUUUAUGAAAAAUAAUAAAUCAGCCUUCGAUCAUUCCGAAUUUGUAACGGAAGCAGUUGCCGAGUUAGUUAAGUCUGGCUGCGUAUUGGAAGUACCUUUUCAGCCGUUUUUGGUAAAUCCUCUCUCUGUGUCUGUGAACAGUUCAGGCAAAAAGCGUCUCAUUUUAGACCUUAGUGUUAUGAAUACAUUGGUCAGGAAAGAACAUUUCAAGUUCGAGGACUGGAAAGUCGCAUCAGAAUUUUUGUUAAAACAUGGUUUUAUGUUUAAGUUUGAUAUUUCCUCUGCAUAUCACCACAUAGAUAUCGCAGCUUCACAACAGACUUUCUUAGGGUUUUCAUGGACCGAGAAUGGACAGUCGAAGUACUAUGUCUUCACUGUCCUACCAUUCGGACUAUCAUCAUCUCCAUUUAUAUGGACCAAAUGUUUAAGAUGUAUUGUUAAAUAUAUCCGUCUUCAGGGUAUCAGAUUUGUGCUAUUUUUAGAUGACGGAUGGGGAGUAAACAAAAAUUUUGAAUGUACUCUUCAAGACGCUUCAUUUGUUGAAAACGCUUUACUUAAGGCGGGGUUUUUGCUUAACACACAGAAAUCGAUAUUAAUUCCGGUACAAAUUCUAGAAUGGUUGGGUUUAUUGUGGAAUUUAAAGAACA